GCGGCUCCCCUGAGCCCCGAUACAGCCGGGGUGCUCCCUGCCAGCCUGCUCCCCCCCAGCCCCCCCGCACCCCACUGCUGGUCAUUACUUGUGUUUUCAGCCCAAUUUUGCUCCGUCCCACACUGGUUCCUGCCUGGAGUCUGAGGCUUCCCGCAGCGCGGUGCAGCCCCCCCUCCCUGCAGGACCUGGGUGGGCUGCCCAGAGCACCCCAAACCCAGGCACCCCGAACCCGGGCACCGGGGUGGUGGCUGGCGCAGGUGACACUAACACAGCAAGGAGGGGGUUACCCCCAAACCAAGGACAGGCGUAGGGACAGCACCGCAAGGAAUACUUGCAGCAGUUAAAGUGGAUGCAGCUGAGCACCUGCGCUAUGUGCUGCGCCUUCGCUCGCUGCGCCGGUUUGUAUCCUGAUAAAAUGCAGCGGCUGCUGCCGGGGUGCCGGAGCGAUGGAUCCGGGGUGCGCUGCAGCCCUGCCCGGCUCCGCCGUCCCUACGGUGCUGGUUUGUAGCAAACCCUCUGGUUUCUCGCGCCCUCCGCCCAGUUGCCGUCCCUCGCCUCGUGCCUUGCUGCUGCAAACAGUGGUGCUGGCUUCGUGCUGGCCCCUGCAGGGACCGCGCCACCCGUGGCUGCUGGGCUUGGAAGAGCCCCGGGGAGGGGGAGCUCAUCUCCUGGGGGGUCAGGCAGAUCUUUCUGCAGGACACUAAUCCUGUUGCAAAGUCACGUUGGAGCCGUCGGGGCAGCGCGGUGGCCCGGGAAAGGCGCUGGGAGCCACGCAGCUCCUCUGCCGGGCUGGGUGCCGUGCUGGGUGCCGCUGCUCUGUACGGGUCCCAGCUGGAGCUGCCAGACCUCGCAGGGGAGCGAGUGCUCGCACAGCUGCCCCCGAGGUGCUUCAUAGUCACCUGCUUCUCGAGACGCAGGCAUUGCGUGCGAGCAAGCGCUGCUCCCAGCGCAGCCGUGCUUUGCUCACGGGACGGGCUGAAGCUCCUCAGAAGCUGACUUGCGAACAGUUUUGUGGCUCUAAAUAGCGUGUGCAAAUUUUACUGCGCUGUCCUUGUAACGUUAAUGAUGUGUUUGGAGGAUGUUUAUGCAUCUGUGUGUUGGUAAAGGAUAUUUAUUUCUCUUUCCAACCUCUCCUAUUGCUUAAAUGGCUUAAAACUGCUUUUAAUUCUAUAGUUACCUGAAAUCCCUAGGAAAGCAAGCGCAGGGCGUGAGGUGUCAGGAGAGGUGGGCGACGGGGGACCGGGGCUGUGCCCGUGGGUUACGUUGUGCUCUGGGUAUGGAGGCUGGAGCCGCCGGGGAUGUCACACAAACCGUGAGAGCAUAAAGCUGCGCGGCGCCUUGUGCCUUCAGUUAAUCAGGGGGUUGUUGGGGUUUUUCCCCAGGUUUCUGCUUGCAGAUGAAAUAGUGGCUUUGCAGGGGCGGAUGCUGAAGUCUGGUUUAAGUGCUGUCUUCAAUCUGUUGCUGAUUUACGAGAAACGUGCACUUCGAAAUAGUUUUGGGAUGUCACUUUGUUCCUGCAGGCUUGCAGUACUUUUUUUGAUCUUUUGUGUGUGACUUUGGAGGAGGGAAGACUCCCCGUUUCUGCCGUGGAGGAGACAGUGAUGAGCUCCUCCAGCAGCGUGAAACCCUUCUGAGAUAGUAGGAAUACAUUUGGAAACGCGCCUUCAAACCGAGUGCCUUCGUGGAGGUCUGGCAGCUGGUGACCGAGGGCUCUCCUGCCUCGCGAUGGCAACCCCGGACGUCAGCGUUCACAUGGAGGAGGUGGUGGUGGUGACAACGCCCGAUGGCACGGUGGAUGGAAGCGGCAUGGAGGAGGUGAAGACGGUGCUGGUCACCACCAACCUGUCCCAGCACGGAGAUGAGUCUGCCUGCAGUGUGGUGAGCGCGGCGCAGCUGGGCCCCCUUCCCAGCACGGGUUUGGGGCCGUUUUUCGGCAGAGCUCUGCAGGAGCCUCCACCGUUGGCCAUUGGAGCGAGAGAGGUGGCCUUGAAACCACGCAGCGCUGAACACGGUGACAUAAACGAAGACACACUGGAGACCGAAAACGCAGCUGCUGCGGCUGCUGCCGCCUUUACAGCCUCCACGCACCUGAAGGAAGCGGUCCUAGUGAAGAUGGCUGAAGAUGAGGACAGUUUGGAGGCAGAGAUUGUCUACCCCAUCACCUGUGGGGACAGCAAAGCCAACCUUAUCUGGAGGAAGUUUGUGUGCCCCGGGAUCAACGUGAAGUGCGUGCAGUUUGACGAUCACCUAAUUAGUCCCAAGGAGUUUGUCCACUUGGCGGGCAAAUCGACCCUGAAGGAUUGGAAGCGGGCGAUCCGGAUGAAUGGGAUCAUGCUCCGGAAGAUCAUGGACUCAGGAGAGCUGGAUUUCUACCAGCACACAAAGGUCUGUUCCAACACCUGCCGGAGCACCAAAAUCGACCUGACCGGAGCCAGGGUAUCCUUGACCAGCCAGACAUCGACAGAGUACAUCCCUCUCACUCCUGCUUCUACGGAUGUGAACGGAUCCCCAGCUACGAUUACCAUAGAAACGUGUGAGGAUGCCAGCGAUUGGAGCACCAGCAUCGGAGAUGACACCUUUGCUUUCUGGCGAGGCCUGAAGGACACAGGUCUCCUGGAAGAAGUGAUCCACGAGUUCCACCAGGAGCUAGUGGAGACCAUGAAGGGCUUGCAGCAGCGAGCGCAGGAUCCCCCGCUGCAGCUCAGCGAUGCUGUUUUACUCAACAACGUAGUCCAGAACUUUGGUAUGCUGGACCUGGUCAAGAAGGUCCUGGCCAGCCACAAGUGUCAAAUGGAUCGCUCGCGGGAGCAGUACACGCGGGAUUUGGCAGCGCUGGAGCAGCAGUGUGACGAGCACCGCAAGCGAGCGAAGGAGCUGAAGCACAAAUCACAGCAUCUCAACAAUGUCCUGAUGACCCUCACACCUGUCUCCGUCCCCACGCCUUUAAAACGUCCCAGGCUGACCAGGGCCACCUCUGGACCAGCUGCCAUCACCUCCCAAGUCCUGUCCCAGCCAGCGCAGCUCGCCGUCACCCCCGGCGUGCCCGUCUCCCAGCUUGCCAACAUCCCUCUUGGCAAAGUGGUCUCAGCCCUCCCGCCCUCCGUGCUAGGGAAGAGCCCGUCCCAACCUCCCACCGCCAGCUCCCCGGCCUCCCCACUGCUGGGAGGGUACACAGUACUGGCCUCCGCCGGCUCUACCUUCCCUGGCACGGUGGAGAUCCACCCGGAUGCUUCCAACCUGACGGUGCUGAGCACGGCAGCAGUCCAGGAUGGCAGCACAGUCGUGAAGGUGGUGAGCCCCUUCCAGCUGCUGACGCUGCCAGGACUUGGCACGACCAUCCAGAACGUUACACAAAUGGCUCCCAGCGGGAGCACGGUCGUGACCGUCCCAUCCGGUGCCACCGGGGACGAGCACGCUGCCGCCGCCAUCGAGGUGACUGCAGUGGCUGACGAGGCAGAGCAGAAGUGAAAGGGGGGACUCGCCUGGAGGGACGCUGGCCGUGCCGCUCUGGGUGGAACUGCCUUUUUCUCUGGCUGCGCUGUGGGAUGAGGAGCGGUGUAAUGAGGGGCACGGGUUAACGAGACUCAGAGCAGCUCACGUCUGUAAUGAGAAGGUGCAGGUCAGAGGGAAGGAGGGGGAGGAAAUAAUGCCUGAAGAAGCAAAAGGCAAAAAAACGCUCUGCCCUUUUUGGAGGAGAGAAGGGAAAAAAAAAAAGCUUAUUUUUUUUUUUUAUAAAGCGUUCUUCCCCUGCUCUCAUGGAAUAGUUACUCUGUUUUAGCUCGUCAGCCUUGCCUCAUCUGCAGGUGUAGCUGGAGCGGUUAGAGUGGGCAGGAGCAGGGGCGCAGGGCAGGGCGAAGGCAGUAGCGAAGGGAAAAGCAGGCGAAGUGCUGAGCAGGCACCAAUCUGGCUGCCGAGGGGUCUGGCAUGAACUGCUGGGGUGCAUCGGAGCUGGCUGCGCCUGGUGCCUGGGGGCUCCAGGGAGGGAGAGGGGACACCAAGGGUAGGUUGUCCACGGGAUGUUGUGCGGUCAUCGCAGCCGGGAAGAGGCUCCACAUGGCAGCGUAGAUGCAAGCCCUGGGAGGUUGGCUUCUGCGUGAUGCUGGCUUGGGGUGGCAGGAACAAGCAGGAGCUCUCAUGACACUGGUCGUUGCGGGUUGCCCAGGUUUGCUGGGGGAAGGACUGGGGAGACACAAACCCAGAAGGCCAGGAAGAGCUGUAACUUCUGAGGAUUAGGGUCUCUUUCUAGUUUUCUCAAAAAAAAAAAAACCAAACAAAAAAACAAAAAAAGGAAAAAAAUCCGUUUUGGGGGGAUUUUUUUAAGCAAACAGCCAUUUUUCAGCAAAGCCCUUUGGUAGUGAAGAUCAUGCCAUGAGGCAGAGAUGUAUGCAGGGAGAUGAGCUGGACGGCAGCACUCUGAGGAGCUUCCGCUUAUUACUGAGGUGUGACCCUGGUGCAGGAUCCGGCUGGUCCCUGGUCCCCAGCAUCUUGCUGAUCGCCUCAUCCCGUGGGAGCUGGAUGCUGCUGUUGCCUCCCCGCCGAGUCUGAGCAGCCAUUCUGUAAUGGGGUGGUUGGCCCCCUCAGUACUCCUUCGACCGUUCAGCUCGCUGCAAGUCUCACCUGGUCCUGUUCUAGGGCACGCGCGUGCCGUGGGGCUGCGGCGAUGCUCACGCUGUCUCUGGCUGGAAGGAGUCAGGUGCUUGAAGUGUUGGGGUUUCUACAAACUUGAUCUGGCAGCAGCAGCGAUGACAGGUCACUUUAAUGAGCUAAUAAAUAUUUUUUUUGAAAGAGCGCUGCUGGUUGACUGUGUUUCUGUGUCUGACUGUGACAGCUGGGCUUGCAAAGUGGGGCUGAGUUGGGACAGGAAUGUGCUUUUUGUAACUAAAAAUGCACCGGCACAUGUACUGUGUGCUUCCUGUUGUCUGCACAUGUGCAAAGAUGCUCCAAAUCCUUUGAGGGUUGUGGGCACGUUGUGAUGCUCUGACUGUAUCCUUGGUGUUUGAGGAGGGUCUGGGCUUAGAUACACCACUGCAUUUGAGGGAUUUAUGAACCACAGGGAAGAUAAAGGGGUGUUUUGUUUGUCUGAAUCUGCUAGCUGUGGUGCUGUCUGCUAAAACACCAGGAGUGAAACUUGGGAGGUGGGGGGGAACCCUAGGGUUUGUUAAGGGAACACAAGAGCAGAGUUUUGCCUUAGAAGAGGGUGAUUCUCCCAUUGAAGGAAGGGAGAGAAACCUCCUGAUGCUGCUGUCGACCCUGACACGCAUGUGAGUUUAAGCAAUUUUGGUGCUACCUCUGCGAGUGGGAGCAGUUUUUAUCUGAAAUGUGUUCAUAGAAUAAAAGGAUUUGUUAUUUUUUUCUUUGCA